ACUGUGCUUGUCACAUGGUACAAGGCUGUUGUGAAUAGCCUUGUACCAUGUGACCUCUGUGAUCAAUCACAGAUUUCACACGUAGUAAGCAAUGAUGUCAGGAAGUGACAUCUUGUUUACUACUAUUGAUGUGGUCACUGAUUGGCCAAUCAGUGAUCACAUGAAUCGGGACCUCACACAGAGGUCCCGUAGAGCGACCUCCAUUGAGAACUACUGAAUGAGCUGUGAUUGGUCACAGCUUGUCACAUGGUACAAGGCUGUUGUAAAUAGCCUUGUACCAUGUGACCUCUGUGAUCAUUCACAGAU